AUGGACGUGGACGUGGACGUGGACGUGGACGUGGACGUGGACGUGGACGUGGACGUGGACGUGGACGUGGACCUGGAGGUGGAGGUGGACGUGGACGUGGAGGUGGACGUGGACGUGGACGUGGACGUGGACGUGGACGUGGACGUGGACGUGGACGUGGAGGUGGACGUGGAGGUGGACGUGGACGUGGAGGUGGACGUGGACGUGGACGUGGACGUGGAGGUGGACGUGGAGGUGGACGUGGACGUGGAGGUGGACGUGGAGGUGGACGUGGACGUGGACGUGGACGUGGACGUGGACGUGGACGUGGACGUGGAUGUGGACGUGGAGGUGGACGUGGACGUGGACCUGGACGUGGAGGUGGACGUGGACGUGGAGGUGGACGUGGACGUGGAGGUGGAGAUGGACGUGGAGGUGGAGGUGGACGUGGAGGUGGAGGUGGACGUGGACGUGGACGUGGACGUGGAGGUGGACGUGGACGUGGACGUGGACGUGGACGUGGAGGUGGACGUGGACGUGGACGUGGACGUGGACGUGGACGUGGACGUGGACGUGGACGUGGACGUGGAGGUGGACGUGGAGGUGGACGUGGACGUGGACGUGGACGUGGACGUGGAUGUGGACGUGGACCUGGACGUGGACGUGGACCUGGAGGUGGACGUGGAGGUGGACGUGGACGUGGAGGUGGACGUGGACGUGGAGGUGGACGUGGAGGUGGAGGUGGACGUGGACGUGGACGUGGAGGUGGACGUGGACGUGGACGUGGACGUGGACGUGGACGUGGAGGUGGACGUGGAGGUGGACGUGGACGUGGACGUGGACGUGGACGUGGACGUGGAGGUGGACGUGGAGGUGGACGUGGACGUGGAGGUGGACGUGGACGUGGACGUGGAGGUGGACGUGGAGGUGGACGUGGAGGUGGACGUGGACAAGGACGUGGACGUGGACUUGGACGUGGACGUGGACGUGGACGUGGACAUGGACGUGGACGUGGACAUAAACGUGGACGUGGACGUGGACAUGGACGUGGACAUGGACGUGGACGUGGACAUGGACGUGGACGUGGACGUGGAAAUGGACGUGGACGAUGUGGACAUGGAUAGGUGGACGUGGACGUGGACGUGGACGUGGACGUGGACGUGGACGACGUGGACAUGGACGUGGACGUGGACUGACGUGGACAUGGACGUGGACGUGGACGUGGACGUGGACUUGGACGUGGACGUGGACGUGGACGUGGACGUGGACGUGGACGUGGACAUGGACGUGGACGUGGACGUGGACAUGGACGUGGACGUGGACGUGGACGUGGACGUGGACGUGGACGUGGACAUGGACGUGGACAUGGACGUGGACAUGGACGUGGACGUGGACGUGGACGUGGACGUGGACGUGGACAUGGACGUGGACGUGGACGUGGACAUGGACGUGGACGUGGACAUGUACGUGAACAUGGACGUGGACAUGGACGUGGACGUGGACGUGGACGUGGACGUGGACGUGGACGUGGACAUGGACAUGGACGUGGACGUGGACAUGGACGUGGACGUGGACGUGGACUUGGACGUGGACAUGGACGUGGACGUGGACGUGGACAUGGACGUGGACGUGGAGGUGGACGUGGAGGUGGACGUGGACGUGGACGUGGACGUGGACGUGGACGUGGACGUGGACGUGGACGUGGACGUGGACGUGGACGUGGACAUGGACGUGGACGUGGACGUGGACAUGGACGUGGACGUGGACGUGGACAUGUCGCAUGCUUGUGUCCGGAUGCAUGCUUGA